AUGGUCCAAAACCUCAAGGCCUCGACGCUGAGAACUGAUUGGAGGAAGGCUAUGGCAAGUGCGUUAGUUGAGAGAUUUGAGGGUUGGGCUGUGUUCAGAUCUGGUCGCUGGCCCUCUCAAAUCCCUCUCUCUUUCCACAUACUCCCUAAAUUCUAUGGUCCUUAUGAAAUUUUGGACAAGGUCGGGCUUGUAGCCUAUAAACUUAAGCUGCCUCCAACUUCAAAACUUCAUCUAGUUUUCCAUGUUUCUUGUUUGAAGAAGCAUCUUGGGCCAGCUGUGUCUCCUUCCUUGUCACUCCCUGUUAUUACUGAUGAGGGCAUCUUACAAGAUCAUUAUUUAGCUAUUUUGGAAAGAAGACUCGUUAAGAAGGGCAAUGCAGCAUGCACUCAAGUCCUUGUCUUGUGGCAACAUCACACUAAGGAGGAAGCCACUUGGGAGGACUAUGAUAAUUUUUUCGUAAGGUUUCAUGAUUUCCAUCCUUGA